AUGUCUGAUCUCCCAAAUUUUCCCUUGAAAACAAUACCUGUUAAACAUAUUCCAUAUUUGGAGAAACAUAGAAUUCAUGAACUAUUCAAAGAGUUAGCCAGGGAACUGGUCGUUCAAAAACCCUUGGAUCAUGUAAUGUUUAUCAAACAAAUUUUAUCAAGUGCAGCAAAUUUAAGAGAUACAGCAAGAAUUUUAAUUCUCCCUUCCCCUAAGAUAAAUACUCUGGAAAUUGCGACUGAAAUUUCUAAAAUCACCAACCAGGUGGUUGUUUCGGAAUAUACACUUCUACGCACUUUGCAAACGGAUACUCGUGAAAGUGUUUUUCCCAAAGAAUUAGCAAAGACUCUCCGCAAUUUAAUAAGAACGGAAAACGCGUACAAAAAUGGUUGGAUUAUUGUAGGAUGUAUACAAACUGAUAGUGAAGCAAGAGCAAUUCUUCGUGAAGGAAUUUUACCCACGUUAGUUAUACAUUUUGUCGCGUCAUUCCAUCCGAGACUUGAUCAGUUGCUGUAUUGCAAUGUUCAUGCUUAUUGGCCAGAGUUCAGAAGGAAGAUAUACAACUUACGUGAAGUAUUUAGUACUUCUUUAAAGGAAGUUCAUAUUAAACAGAAAUCAAUGGAAGACAUAGUAAAUGAAUGCAUUAACAUUUCGAAGUGUUUUAGAGGACCAAAAUUUAUUAAGCCCAGAAUUAUUUUAAUAGGACCACGUGGAUCUGGCAGGAGAACGCAGGCUCAAUUAAUAUCAUCAAAAUUGGGAGUUGUGCAUGUGGAUUUCCAAUAUUUAUUAUGUCAAGUUUGGACUUCCGAAUCUGAUCUUGGUCAAAAACUGCGAGAAUGUAAAAAUGAAGCUUGUUUUCAUCCUGAAUUACUUGUUCAAGUUCUCAACAAGCGUAUUUUGGAAGAUGACUGUUUGGAAAGUGGCUGGAUCCUAACGGGUUAUCCUUUUACAGCUACUGAUUUAAAAUUUAUUGACAGCUUAGAUACACCUCCCAGCAGAAUUAUCUUUUUGGACAUUGAUAUUAAUAUUUGCAUGGAAAGACUACGUUAUAGAUGGCAUAAUAUUUAUACAGGGUCGAUUACAAACGUAAAGGAAGAUUCAAAAGCUUUUAUUGAAAAAGAAUUGCGGCUACACCCAAAAAAUGAAGAAUCACUUAUUACAGCAGAAUUGUAUUAUUAUUGCGAAAAUUAUGGAGCUAUGAAAAAAUAUUGUGGAAAUACAGCCUUUAUUAUAAAUGCAGAUCAAGAUUCUUUAAGUGUGUUCAAUUGCAUUCUAUCUGCGAUUACGAAAGCUCUUCCACCAGGAAUAACAAGAUCGGGUCUCAUUGAAAAACUUCCAAAUAUUACCGAUUCUUGCAUAUGCAUUCCAGUCCCCGAUCACGUUAUGAACUGCUUUAUUCAUAAAAGAUGAUGGAUUUUUUAUUGUAUACAUUCAUUUUUGACAUUUGAUAAAUAUAAUAUUUAUAAUUUUA